AUGUUGAAAGCUGAAUUUCGGAUAUUCUCACAGUCCUUGAAAUUCCGAAACCCAAAAGCAUGCCCUUGGAUAUGCAGCCCAUGUCGACGUACUGCGGCCCUGAAUCGUGGAUAUGCAACUGAAGCAGCUUCCGGGACGAAGUCGAAGCCAUACUAUGUCACAACACCUAUAUUCUACGUCAAUGCAGCACCACACAUUGGCCACCUUUAUACCAUCCUCAUCGCCGAUAUACUUAAACGAUGGCAGGUCCUUCUUGGAAACGGCGACGCAAAGCUACUCACUGGGACAGAUGAGCAUGGGAUGAAGAUUCAGCAAGCUGCGCUUCAAAAUGGGUUGGAACCUCAGGCGCUUUGCGACAGGAAUUGCAAAACAUUCAAGACGUUGGCCAAAGAAGCAAAUGUUAGCCACGACCAUUUCAUUAGAACAACAGAUUCAGCGCACAAGUCAGCUGUGCAAUUCUUUUGGGAAAAUCUCAACCAUCGAGGCUAUAUAUAUGAGGGCAAGCAUGAAGGCUGGUACUCGGUUAGUGAUGAGACGUUCUAUCCGGCGUCUGCAGUGCACUCAACGCUUGAUCCAGCAACUGGGCGUAAGAUGAUGGCUUCGAUUGAAACCGGAAAAGAGGUCAAAUUUACCCAGGAGACCAACUACCAUUUCAAGCUAUCCGCCUUCCAAGACCGGUUACUAGAGCACUAUCGCAAAAACCCAACUUUCAUCCAGCCACAGGUAUAUAUGGAUAGUAUAGUUCAGAAUGUCUCGUCUGGGUUGCAAGAUCUGUCUAUUUCCCGCCCUGUUGACCGCCUGUCAUGGGGAAUUCCCGUCCCUGGAGAUACGACCCAAACCAUCUAUGUCUGGUUGGAUGCUUUGGUCAACUAUAUUACCUAUGCAGGCUACCCCUUUACACCUGGUCGUGAGGAAGAAUCAAUCUGGCCUGCAGAUGUCCAUGUUGUGGGCAAAGAUAUCACAAGGUUCCAUUGUAUCUACUGGCCAGCCUUCCUGAUGGCUCUUGACUUGCCUCUACCCCGUACCAUCUUGACACACGCGCAUUGGACCAUGAAUCACUCCAAGAUGUCCAAAUCUACGGGUAAUGUGGUCAACCCGAUGUUUGCGAUGGCACGGUACGGCGUAGAUCCGAUGAGGUUCUAUCUAGCUAUAAACGGAGGACUCGCAAGUGAUACGGACUAUGACAAUUCAUAUAUCGUACGAGACUACAAGAACAUCCUGCAAGGUGGACUGGGCAACCUUUGCAGCCGCAUAAUGCGAGGGAAAGGAUGGAAUGUGAGAGAAAGUGUCAUUACGGCGACCAGCGGGCCGGAUAGGGGGAAAGCUAAAAAUAAGUCUGAAUAUGAGCACAUGGAGUUUUUGUCGAAGGUCCCCAGUCUCGUCUCGAAGCAGAUGAAUGAAUUGAACCCCCGCAGGGCGUUGGAGGAAAUAGUGAAGAUUAUCGACCAGACAAACAGAUAUGUGCAAAACACUGGUCCCUGGAACCUGGCAAAGGAGGCGGCCACCAACCCGGCAGCACACGAUCAGCUGGUUGGAGUAAUCUACAACGCCGCCGAGUCACUCCGCAUUACCGGCAUCCUCCUACAGCCUUUCAUGCCCGAGAAGGCUAAGAGGCUGCUCGACAUGCUUGGGGUGGAGGAUGAUCUCAGCAAACGUUCAUUUGCUGCUUCGAGUUAUGGGGUUGAUCCUGACUAUGGGACGCCGAGCGUGCCGCUAGGAAAGGGGCAGGCAGGGACACUAUUCCCACCGCUGUUGAGUGAAGAAUGA